GAUAAGAUUUUUACGUUCAUACGGCAUAACCAGAUGAUAAAUCAAAAAAUUGUUUUAAUUACGUCGGGCGGUACCACUGUGCCAUUAGAGAGUCGAACAGUUCGAUACAUUGACAACUUUAGCAUUGGAACCAGAGGCUCUACCUCAGCUGAGUAUUUCUUAGGGCUUGGCUAUGCAGUGGUCUUUUUGCACAGGCGAGGUUCUUUGCAGCCCUACAAUAGAAAUUUCCAACACAAGAACUUUCUAGAACUGUUCACCACUAAUGAUGCUGAUGAUGGUGAUGUUAAAAUUAAAAGUGAAUUUAAAGGAUUGUUAGGGAUGUGUUUUGCAAAAUAUCACCUGCAUGUUGAAAAUAAAACUCUACUAAAUGUCGAAUUUACUACUCUCUCCGAUUAUUUAUAUCUUUUGAAGGUUACUUCUGAAUUUUUAAACGAAUGUAUGGAAUCUGCAAUGCUCUACUUGGCAGCAGCUGUCUCCGAUUUUUACAUUCCAUUUGUUGAUAUGCCCCAGCAUAAAAUCCAAUCAUCAUCUGGUCCAUUGCAUUUGUCAUUGCAAAUUGUGCCGAAAUUUUUGAAACCCCUGACCAGUAAGAUCCUUCCUAGAGCUUUCGUCGUUUCUUUUAAACUAGAAACAGACCCAAGUUUGUUAUUACAGAAAUGUCAUAAAGCCCUUGAUACAUACAAUCAUCAAGUCGUCAUUGGCAAUAUUCUAGAAAACAGGAAAAGGGAAGUAGUCGUUGUAACCAAAGACUCCGAA